CUCAAUCUUUCAGUACAAGAAUGGGAAUUUUACCUCAUCUCGAGUCUCUGUCUCUUGAUCUCCAGGAGGGCCGGACUCUGCGAGAGUCCCGCAGGCUGUGCACAAACAGAAAUGUUCUCACGCCAUCUUCAAUCAAAGCCGAGACCGACAAGUGGCCGCGCCCGUACCCUUAGGCUCGUGCACGUUAUACGUCGCAAUAUAUAGCACCCUGUCACUUCACCUGGUGUAUAGAUUUUCAAAAACCAAUCGGUCCGACAUCGAGUUCACAAGCCGAAGCACACCCUAUCAAAGCCGUCAUUAGGAGAACAAAAUAUCUUCGCCAGCAACUCACCCAAAAGAAGGUCGCAAUCAUGAACCUGCACGAGGAGCUUGUAUCCGAUCUGUGCCGCUUGCCAACUGAAGUCCUAUGUCAUAUUUUUAUUCACUGUCUUCCCCAAACUGGCUACAUGUUACCCAACUCAAAAUCACCUCCUAUGUUGCUCACCAGAAUAUGCCGACGCUGGAGGGAGAUUACUACGGACAUGCCCUCCUUGUGGUGCAGACUGUCCAUGGAUAUCAACCACGCUACUAGCAGAAACUGGCGGCAGGCUGUCUUCUGCUAUGACUCAUGGUUCAAGCGAACACGAGGACGUCCGCUUUCCUUGGAAAUCAUGUGCAUCAAAAAUGACACCACCGACCUACGAACCCUUUUUCAACCUUACGUCUCCCAGAUUUCCUCUCUCAAAAUCACGUUUGACAAGGCUGUCGCACCUGAAAUCUUGCUAAACGGCCUCCCGGCACUUCAGGAGCUUCGAGUUGACAUAAGUCGCGAUGUUGUCGUGAAAGAUCGUGAUACACUAUCAUGUAUAUUACCACCCAUCUCGCGACUCUUCACUCUCCGUGGUCUCAAGUUGGAAACGCUGUCCCCCUACGACAUCGAGCGUUUCUCUCGCCUCAACCCAGUAUGGCCCUUGACAAAUGUCAAUCUCGAUAUAUGCAACCCGCCCACCAUCAUUGACUUGCUCCGACUAUUUCCCAACCUUUCCUCAUUAAAAAUCUUUAUGUUCUCUGGCGGUGGAUCGUCCUUUGAGCCGUCUACCUCACUCCACCAUUCAAUUUUUUUUCAUUGCAAUCGUUGUCACGAAUAUCGUAUAUUCAGUACGAGACAAAUUAGUUCACUUGUUCGAUGCACUCACGCUCCCCAAUUUGCGCGUGCUUCACGUUGA